GUAAACACACGGCACCCGUUCCCACCUACAAAUGGAUGCAAGUUAAAAGGAAUUUGCCGAAACCAGGCAAUAAGUCUGAAUGUAGUUUGACGAACACUGGACCUGGCAGUGUGGGCGGUGCGGCUACCACAGCCGUAGGAGUCGGCUCUGGCCGGACCAACUUCACCACCAAACAGCUCACCGAACUAGAGAAAGAGUUUCAUUUCAACAAGUACCUCACCCGAGCGCGGCGGAUCGAGAUCGCCACCGCUUUACAACUCAACGAAACCCAGGUAAAAAUUUGGUUUCAGAACCGGAGAAUGAAACAGAAGAAACGGAUGAAAGAAGGACUUAUUCCGCCAGAUCCAGUGGUUUCUGAGCCUAAUACGCCGACUCCCAUUUCAAAUACCACGGCAGCUGUGCCCCCCUCCGGCGUUGUUACAACCUCGUCUGUGCCGGCGGUCAAAGACUCUAUCCAAUAGGAUAAAAUGUUAGUUGAUAAUGCGACUUAGAUAACUGACCAUUCUUAAGCUGCUUUAUCCCUUCAAUAUCGAAGACUUUUAGAUAAGGACUGGAAAAGGCAGCCAUUUAUACAGGGUGA